CCAGUUCAGCGUGGUCGUUUCGGCAUGCGCACUUUUCGAGACUGAGGUGAAAAAAAAUUCACCAAAUUCUACGUGUGAACGCACCCAUCCCUCCGACUCAUACACCAGCUACAGACGUACAGCGAUGGCGGGCACCUGGUAACGCUAUACUCGUAGGGAGCUGAAAAUGUCGGCGGCUUCUCCUCAGCCUCCGCCAACUGGGUUAUCGCCAACAUCUGGCUGUCCUGGACUCUCGCAGCUGCUGGGGAGGCAGCAGAAAACGGUCGGGCUGAACGACUUUGGAAGUCUUUUUCAGCUAGGCGAGAACAACAACAAAAUUCAACAUGGCCGCCAACAAGUCCAGAGUCAUCCUGAUGCAGAGAACCCCAUUGUGACAGAGGCUGAGGAUCUAGCCAGGUUCUACAUCCAAACAAAAAUCAGUAACAGGAAAUCCAGUCCACCCAGCAAGACAGCGGCAACUCUACAGAGAACGGCAGACGAGCUCCUGGAGCGGCACCAGUAUUUCUUCAACGGCAUGGUCAACAGGCUACAGAUCUCACCUGAGACAAGCUACACCACCUUCAAGAACGUGGCAGAUGAAAUGUUAAAGGACGAAACGGUCAACUGGGGCCGCGUCGUCGCCCUGUAUGCCUUUGCCGGCAGAAUAGCCGUCCACUGUAGAGAGCAGAACCCAGAGGUGGCCGAAACAGUCGGCGAAUUUCUGGGAAAAUACGUUGGAAGCAACCUCGCUGGUUGGAUCAAAGAACAUGGGGGAUGGGAAACCUUGAACAAUGUGUUCCGGAAGGAUCAACCCGUGGAAGUCACCCUUCGGAAUGGACUUAUCUUCACUGCAGCUGCACUAGGCGCUGCUGCAACAGUUCUCAAGCUCAUCUCCUGAACCAGUGUUGCAGUAUCACACGAUCUGUUCCAAGUCACGUCACUCAGACUUUCACUGUCAAUUAUGCUGACUGUUUGUUUGACAGAAAUAUGCAGGAAGGAUACAUUUUUUGCCUUUGAACAUUUCAGCAUGUCCUAUAGGGGUACAUGGAAUGGAGUAUUGUCACAGGUUGAACAGGUCUUCAGUGGCAGCUACUGUGGAAAAUUACAGGAACAUGGUUAAUUGAGAAAGGAACUUGUGUUGGUAUUUCAUUCCAUGUAGCCCAUACAUGCACACUGUGUGAUUCAAAGGCAAAGAAGUGUCCCUGCUUAUUUCUGUUGGCAUUAAUUGAUGACAUCUUAAGCAUUAAGUAGUGAGUCAUAAGUCACAUAAAGGUUAGUCACAAAUAUCUUACAUACUAGGCAUUAUGUAAUUACCUGCUACAAUGUAUUACUGGAAACAGAUUUGUAGAUUGAGUUUGGGAAAUUGUAAAGAGGCCACCUCAUGUCUGAAGAUCUUGAAUCAUGCCUGGAAAAGCGUUAUCUACAGUGCCAUCUUAUGGAGAGUGGUGCUCAAGUGCUUAUGAAUGAUAAGUGAAGGAAACCCACUUCUUCAAAAGCAAUAUACCAAAGGCUUAUGACUUCUUUUGACAUUCUUGAUCGAGGUGACCUCUAUCAUACUGUACCAUAAUUACAACAAAGUGCCUUUUGUUUAUAUGAUGUAACUAUCAUUGCUUAUUAAUUUUUGUGCAUAAUUUGUAUAUUGCGUGUAUUUUAGAUGUCAUAAGGAAUGAGUUUGAGCCGUCAUGUUGCAUGUGGACAAUGAUACAAAGGUUAUUUCUACACAGAUGAAUAUAGAGGCUGCGUUGGUACAUGUACCUUGCAGUAGAGGCCUAGCUGUGUAACAGAUGGCCAAUGCUGUGACUGAUACUAGUACUAGUAACAACUGCAGGACUAUUCACCAAGUGCAACCAAGCAGCCUUCUAAGUAUUCUUACAUCCUAAGACUGGAAAACAGAAACUCAGAGAGAGGAUAUUUUGAGGAUCAAAGAAAGAUAAGUCCUUGAUGAAGAAACGUCUACUUUGUAAUGAUGACUUUUGUAUUUGUAUGAUAUGCCGUGAAUUUGUAAAAUUGUACUUACAGGGAUCAGUGAAUUUAGUAAGGGAUAACUGCCAUUGGUGCUGGAAACUGCCUUAUAUGGUUAUAUCGAAAUUUAGUAAUUAACCCUUCUUUCCUCCCAUCAUUGGUUCUACAAAAUACCUUCUGUGCUUCGUGAGUCUGUCGUAUCCAAUCUUGCCAACCUGCAGACAGUCCAAGUUCCAGUAUACCACACACUGGUCUGUACAGAUGAAUGCUGUGUAUGUAUGACUGUAACACUCUGGUAAAGACUUGAGAACAGUGGACUCAUGUGUACAGAUGUUGACUUGUGUACUGUCCUGUUCCAGUGGCUGAGUGUGUGUGCUAUGCUCCCUCCUGUUGGAAGGCCAAUCAAGGGGAUAAGUGCAGGGGGAGGUAAAGGGGAUGGUCCAGGCCCGUGCAGAUCUUCAGAAAAACCGAGUUCUCCUGUGUGUGUUCUCUGAGAGAGUGCAAGCAGGAGAAUCCACUGAGGAUCUGAGCUUUGCCUGGAGACAGUAAGUCAUUACAUGAAGGUACCGGUAAGGAACAGGGUUGUGUACAUUGUAAUCAGCAAUCCUGUUGGGGUGGGUGUCCCUUAGCCUGGUUACUAAACCUUUUAUAGGUUUGAUAACCAGGCUAGGUGUCCCUUGGUUGUGUAUGGCCUAGUUACCACAUUCUAUGUAUGUCACUUCUUUCAUGAUCAUGUAAGGAACCUUCAAAGCUUUUUUCAAUGGAAUUUUUUUCUUGUCAUGAUGACUCAUUCUAUUGAGAAUCUCAGUUCAAUUGAUUUGUUUACUUGCAGGAAUAGCCUGGAUGACUCAUCAGUCAAUGACAAAAAAGAGAUGAUGCAAAGUGUUUAUCUUACUGGUAAUACCAGACUCAGGUCCCCCAGGCAACAGGAUCAGUACAUUGCACAAUGGCCUGUGCUGAUUUCAGAAUUAUAUCCAUUUGACUGAUGGCUAAAUUUGUAUCAAGAAUCUUCUCCAAAUUCUUUCACAGAAGUAUGGCAGCUUGGUUCAUAAAGAACUGUUAUUUCAGUAUUAGAGAUGACAUACUUCAAAAGGAAUAGCCUGGGUACCAUCCCUAUAUGUUACACUGCUCAGCUAAGCACAGAGCGGAGCAAAUAUGGAUGCUACCCAGCCUACACAAGGAACACAAUGCAAGAACUGUGUCAGGAAACCACAUAUAUUUCACUGAUGGAAGGUGUAUUUGUAAAUCAGGCCGGUGAUGAGAGGAUAUUUCAACAUGGGAUAGCAAAUUGCAAGUAUAUGUAGGAGGUAUUAGACUGGCAACAAACUAUAUGGACAUGUUGCACACAAUUGAGUGUGAUGAGUAAUGAAGAUGACUUCUCAAGCUAGAAGGGACGUGACAAUUGCAAGAACAAGGACAUUAGACAUGAGUUGAGAGCCACUCAGUGAAGCCAUCUUCAUUUCUGUUAUGGUUUUGGAAGAUUUUAUUUGUUUAGCCCUCUCCCUGCUUAGGUACACGCAAAGAUUGCCCCUAAGCAGGGAGCAGGUUGAUUUUUUCAGGUUUGGUAUAUUUUGUCAUGGAAGAUUAUAUGCACAUUGUGUUUUUAAAGACAUUAUGUUUUAACAUUGGAAUAAAGUCUAUGUGGUACUGGUGCCUCAUCCUUAAA